AUGACGUCAACGGUACAAAAAAGAUGGAGAUGGAUUGGCCAUGUUCUUAGAAGACAAGCAGAGGACUUGACCAGAGUAGCCCUAAGAUGGACACCUGAGGGAAAAAGGAAGAAAGGACGCCCCAAAACAACUUGGAGUAGAACAGUUGAAGCUGAAAUAAAAGAACAUGGAAUCAGCUGGGGUGUAAUAGAAAAGAAAGCACAGAACAGAGAUGAGUGGAAAGUCCUUGCCCUAUGUGCACCGGGCAUAAUAAGGACUAGUUGUGCAAUAUCUAAAUCACCUAGUACAGACACGUUCUGUUAUCACUUGGAGUCUAAGAAAUGUAUUCAUUACAAACAUACCAUGAGAAAGUAUAAUAUUAAUACCUGUGGACAUAUUGAUCUAUCCUACAGUUUACCAGAUGAGAAGUUUAUGCCACCUAUUGGUAAUGGUCAUAUUGCUACAAAUGUCUUGGGUGAUACCAUAUACAUGAAUGGAUUUUACAAUGGUUAUAGAGAAGAUAGCCACCGAGCAAGAUUACAAGCCACUACAGCUGUUGAUGUUCAGUUUGAUGACGGUCUGGACUCUAGAUAUUACGCCCUGGAUAUGUUAAAUGGCAUUUUCUAUCAAAAUAUUUACCAUCCAACACAAAAUACAAGUAUUACCAUCAUGUAUUUUGCUCACCGAAAAUAUGACACUCUACUGGUUACUCAUGUAUCCGUUCAGCAGAUUGCACCAACAGAUAUAAGAUUUAUUUGCCGAAAAGGUGGUUUCAGCCAAGAUGUCGCCAACUUUUCAGAGGUCAAAGUUGAUAACUCAACCACUUAUUGGUCAGGGGAAAACAAAAGACCAGAGACAGAUGAUUUAGAGCCAAUGAGAUUUCAUCAUGUUUGGACUGAGAAAGUUCAUUUAUCAGAGGAAUUCAUCAAUGGUUCAUAUACAUCAAACUGGAUUUCAAUUACAUCAAUUGGUACUGAUAAAGAAAAAGUGUUCUCAUCGUACAGAAAGACACUGGAAAUGAGACAUGAUGAACUGGUCAACCAACAUAAACAGGAAUGGAACAGAAUUUGGAAGAAUGGCCAUAUAGAAAUCCAUGGUGAUGAUAAAGAGCUCCAAAUGAAUAUCCAUGCUGCCUUCUAUAACAUAUUGUCUUCUUUACCACAGAAGCAAAAUGUUCACAAUCCGUUUAUAGGAUUAAGCCCAGGUGGAUUAUCUCGUGGGGGUAAAAUCAACCCCAAUAAAACUGGAGGUCCAUCCAAUGACUAUGCAGGUCACGUGUACUGGGAUAUGGAUACAUGGAUAAUGCCACCAAAUAUGAUGUUUCACCCUAAUUUAGCUCGCCUAAUGAUAAAUUCUAGAAUUCGAGUGCUAGAUACAACAAAGGCAAACGCCAAAGGAACUGGGUAUUUGGGAGCACGAUUCCCAUGGGAACAAGCUGUUACUGGUAUAGAGACGUGUCCUUGGGAUUUAGCAUCCAAAUACCAAGUUCAUGUGACAGCUGAUGUUUCAUAUGCUCUACGACAAUACAUUUUCAUAUCAUCUAAAGAUGCUGCAAUUGAUAUGUUGACCAACGGUGGAUUGUCACUUGCUUUAGAGAUUGCAAAAUUCUGGGAAAGCCGUGUCAAUAAAACUGACGACGGGAAUAACAUAUUAGGUGUAAUGGGACCAGACGAAUACCAUUACAACAUUAACAAUUCAGUAUUUACUAACUACAACGCAAAGUUAAGUUUGAUGCUGCCUUCAUUUCUAUACGACAAUUACAAAGGUAUUGACCUACAGAAUAAAGAAGAAAUAGAAAAGUAUAAGAAAACUGCAAGAAAACUCAAAAUACUCUUUGACGAGCGUAAAAGAUUUCAUCCUCAGUUUGAGGGAUUCAGAUUAAAAGAUAAAAUAAAGCAAUCUGAUGUCGUUCUCCUGGGAUUUCCAUUGUUAAUGCCAAUGGACCCUGAAAUAAGACGAAAUGACCUGGUAGUAUAUGAAAAAAUGACCGAUCAAUUUGGGCCAGACACUGGAACUUGGAGUAUGCACACUGUUGGCUGGCUAGAGUUGCAGGAUGAACAAAGAGCUCAAGAUAUGUUCAAAAUGCUACUAAGAAAUAUAAAUGGUCCAUUUAAGGUCUUCAGUGAGAAACCUUCAAAUUCGCCUGAUGGACCAAGAUGUGUAAAUUUUAUAACUGGAGCAGGAGGUUUGUUGCAGGCUGUCAUUUUCGGCUAUGGUGGAAUACGGAUUCGUGAAUCACAGUUAGACUUUAAUCCUCACCUAUUACCAGGUGUCAAUCGUUGGGCAAUGAAAGGAUUGAAAUACAAAGGAUUUGAAUUUGAUGUUUCUGUAAACCAAAGCUACAUCCAGAUCACAGUGAUAAAUGAGUCAGGCGGACAAUCGGCGUUAACAAUACAGUCGUCAUCUAAAAACACACAAAUUGGCAUGACUUAUACGUUCGAAAGAGGAAAGCUCGUAUUUACGAUGGAAGAUUUUCCCAAUAGGACACAAACAACUGGCGUCAAUACAGCUUCUGGUGUGGACAAAUGCGUUGGAUUUGAGACAGCGCUACUCUUGUGUAUUGUUACGUGCUACCAUAUUUUAUCUUAA